AUGACCAAGUCGUUGCCACCUCGCCAGCCGAGCCCACUGUGUAAGCUGCCCGCCUGGUGCGGAGUCGAUAUGAGUGAGCUCGCCACGGCCGAUGCGGAUGGGGCAGACUCGCCGUUCCGUGACUCUCCGCACGGCGCAAAGGCUCGCCGAGUGGCUGAGGCCAACCUCUCCUUCAUUCUCGACCUACACUAUUCGGACUGGUGGGCUGAUCCGCUCCACCAAGCCAAGCCCCUCGCCUGGCAGGAACGCGCCACCCACCCCCCGCUCGUGGUCGUGAUUCCCUCGCUACUGCCCGCCACGGAGGUUGGCAACGAGAUCACUUUUGGGAUGCUGUGGGAGCGACCCGGCGAGGCGUGUGCGCGCGGCGGCCGGCUCGCGUGCGCCGGCGACCUAUUUGGCAGCAAGGUCGACCUCGCCGCCUGGCGCCGGCUCGGUGCUCUGGUGGACGCGGGCAUGCGAGGGAUUGCCAUCCACACGAGCCUGGGGAACCGCAUCGCCGAGUUCAGCAGCGUCGGCAUCGGCGACUGGUACGAGCUGCUCCUCAACCACACCACGUCGCCCUCGUUCGACCGAAUCGGCGCAUAG